AUGAACAACCUGCCGGUCAAGCAACAGGUCAGAGACAUACCGGCCGCCCAUCUGUCAGCACGAAUGACCCUCCGGCUGGGCGUGGCCAACAUCAACACCAAUUCUUGGGCCCCAGCUGGAACCAAGUCCAUCUACCUGCGAUUAUAUACACAUCAAGAUCUCGCGUAUACCAAUGUUGAAGACUUUGCUCUGUAUGCUGGGCAGAGCAUCCAGGUCCAAGCAGGGGAUUAUCGGCACAAGGAAAAGAUACAGACCGGAGAUUCACAUUAUCAUCCACACUACAGCCAGGCCAAGAUCUCGCUACCGGCAAAUCGGCAUAUGAUCCCAAUCAUUAUAUUUGAUGAAGCAACAUCUGGUGCACUUAUCAAUAUGCUCGAAGAAACGGCCAUUGCGGCAUUCAAUUGUGUUCAUGACGUCCAAAAGUUGAAUCGAAUCAGAAGUGCGAUUGCCAACGAGGCUCGCCAAGCAUCCUCAUGGCAAAAGCUAGAAUGA